UUUAACCUCAAAAAAAAUAAUGCAGCAUUAAACAAGGUUCAUUUAUUGCUUUUAUUUUAGUAUAUAAGUUUUUAUAAUGACUGGGAAAAAUAUAAACAAUUUUAAAGUUGUGAAAUUUAAAUAUUCAAAAGAAAGUAGCAGUUCUCAUAAUCUCUUUAUAAAAGAACACUCGUUACGUGUACAAGAAGAUGAUAAACCCCCAGGACGUACAUUAUUUGUUAUUAAUAUACCUCCAUAUAUUACAGAGGUUUAUUUAAAAAAGUUAUUUUUGCAAUUUGGGAAUGUUACUUCAGUCAUAUUCCAAGAACCUAAUACCGAAGAUCAUAAAAAUUACAACGGAUUUAAAAAAUGUUACGUUGUUUUUGCCUCAAGAUCUUCGUUAUUAAAAUCCUUAAAGAUUACCUGUUUAGGUUUAGAAGAAUCGCCUAUAAAAACAGGUUUACAGAAAUGGAUGCAAGAAUACAACGACUCUGUCGUUAAACCCGAAAUAUUACAAGCUGAAAUCAAUAGCUUUAUGAAGAAAUAUGAUAAAUUAGAAGAAUCUAAAGCAAAGAAUCAGGAAGAGGUAGACAAAGAGGGAUGGACAGUAGUGACAAAAAAAGGACGUAAUCCAGGACUGGCACGGAAAGAAAGUGUAGAGAUCAAACUGAAUGAAAAAACCAAAAUAAGUUCGAAGAAGAAGGAAUUGAAGAACUUCUAUACCUUCCAGAUUCGGGAAAGCAAAAUGAAGAAUAUUGUACAGUUGAGAAAGAACUACGAAGAAGCCAAAAAGAAAGUUGCAUUGAUGAGAGCAUCAAGAAAAUUUAAACCAUAUUAAAUAUGUUAAUUGUGAUUAUAUCUCUGUUUUAAGAUUAAUAUAAUGUUUUUAUUAUAACAC